AAAAAGAAAAAAUAGGGGGGGACAAAUUUCAUACGAUUUCUGCGCUCUCCCCUCCGGCGUCUUCGCUACUCUCCACCAGCGAGCCCGAUACGACCAGCCCUCCCGCCGGCGCCGCCGCGAGCCGCGGGCCAUGUACAAGCUCGGCGGCCGUGGCGGUGGCCGGGGCGGCGGUGGCGGCGGUUCGAAGCGCCCGCCGGGCCCCCAUGGCCGCGGCCGGGGCGGCGCCUCCUCCAUCGGCGGGAUGGGCGCGCCUCCCCGCGGUCGUGCCGCCGCCGCCUCCGCUGCCCCCGCGCAGCCGGCGGGGCGUGAUGAGGCGUUCCGCCUGGAGUCCAGCGGGCCGCCCGCCUUAGCUGCUAUAAUACGGCUGACCCCCGACCUCAUCGACGAGAUCCGGCGGGCGGAGGAGGCCGGUGGCGGCGCCCGCAUCAAGUUCAACCCUAGCGUGUACAACUCGUCGGAUAACGUUAUAGAUGUUAGUGGUAAAGAAUUCAAAUUCUCGUGGGCACCUGAGCAAAGCGAAUUGUGUGAUAUUUAUGAAGAACGUCAGAGUGGAGAGGAUGGAAAUGGGUUGCUUCUAGAGUGUGGCUCUGCUUGGCGCAAGGUGAAUGUGCAGCGCAUUUUGGAUGAGUCAGCAAAGAACCUUGUGAAAAUGCGCUCUGAGGAGGCUGAACGUCUCUCAAAAUCUCGAAAAUCAAUCGUGCUGGACCCAGCUAAUCCAUCUGUCAAGAAUCAGGCCAAGGCAAUGACUGCUGCAGCUGUAGAAGGCAAUAUGCGGAGGAUGAACUGGAAGCAGAAGAAUGAAUUGUUUAAAAAGAAUAAAGCUGCCGUUAUCGCCCCUACCAAAUCAGUUUCCAAAGUGAAGUUAUCUAACAAUAUUCCCAAAGGAAAUUUCUCAAUUUCACCUGCACCUUCUCCUGAACAACCUGGAGCGAAUAUUCCUUCAUUUCCUGUUGGAUCAGAUGCAAAUAAUGAAGUCAUAACACCUUUUGAUUCGAAUAAAGGGGGAAACAGUAAAACUGAGAAAGCAACAUCAAGUAAGAUGUCUAAAGGAAUAAAUCGCCGAGCAAGUGCUCAUUCUGCAAGUGUUGAUGACAAUACAAAUGAAGUGCGGAGCCUCUUGAUAUCUGCACUCUCAGAAAAUCCAAAAGGAAUGAGCCUAAAGGCUUUGGAGAAAGCAGUUGCAGAUGUAUUUCCUAACGCAUCGAAGAAAAUAGAGAGCAUCAUCAAGAAUAUUGCAAAUUACCAAGCCCCUGGGAGAUAUGUGCUCAAACCAGGUCUGGAGGUAGAAAACUCUAAAAGGCAUACAUCUGAAGAGGGAAGAUCCAUCAAUGAGAACGUUGAGGAAUUUCCUCCAAGCUUAAAGAUUGAUGAUCCUGAUAUAUUUGAGAGUAUUGAUGUUGUGGACUCCCCAGCUGCUACUGCAGGAGAUGGAAAGGUCAAUAAUGGCAGUGAAGAUAAGGCAAGAACUUCUAGUGAGAGCGCAAGUGAUAGUGAUAGUGACAGUGACAGCAGUGACAGUGGAAGUGAUAGUGGGAGCCAAAGCAGAAGUGCUGCAGAAAGUGGCAGCGGGAGCAGCAGCGACAGCGAUAGUGAUGCUUCAUCGAGCAGCAAGGAAGGCUCUGACGCAUUUGUGGAUAUUACAAGUGAUGAUGACAAAGCAAAUACAGCACAAACAAAAGUUGGAGAUGAUCUGAAUUUGUCUUCACCGCCAAGAGAUUUGACAAGACUUGAUGUUGAUGAUGAACAGAUCGACAUAGGAACAAAUAUGGAUUAUACGACUACAUCACCGCAUAUUGAUUUGAACAAUUUUAAUACCCAUGAUGAUGAUGCAGAAGCCGGGGGCUUGGCCGCAGGCAACCUGAAGAAGCCAUCUGAAAUUACAGGGAGCAAGAAUAUUCCAAGCACCAGAAUGGAGCCUACCCGUGUUGAUAGCAAGUAUAAUGAAAUGUCUUAUGAAGACGACCUUUUUGAUGAUUCUUUGCGAACAAUCAGUGAGAACUUACCCAAUGAAGAAGCUGACCAAUUCACCAAGCAGCAUGCUAACAGGAGAAAAUCAACAUCAAAGGAUGGAUCAAACCACGGCUCGAUGAGUACUAUCGACAAAAGUGCCAAACCCAAAUUGAAAAGGUCUUCUGGUAAUGAGAACUCCACAGCAAAGCCUGAAAGUGCCAAAAAGGUCAAGGUUGACGCAGCAUCUCCAGGCGUUACAGGUUCUUUCUCAGAGCACAAAAAAAGCUUACUGCCUGAAAAACAUAUGAAUGAUAGGUUGAACAAGGAGACAGGGAGCGUUAGCCGCAUUGCUUCACGAGAUAGCAGUCCUGCCAUGAAAGGAAGACCUUUGGCUUCUGGAAAUAUACAGAAGAUAGAUCAGAGCCCAAAUUUACCUAUUCCAACAAUGCACUCUGAGAGACCAAAAGAAAAUAUUGAGAAAUCAAGUUUGAAGAAAAAAACAGAUAAGAUGCAGAAACCAUGGCAUGGUACUGAUGGUGACUUUGGUACACAUGGUGAUGGCCACCAUGCCAGUUUUGAUGGCUCGGAUGAUUCUUCGACAAGAAAAAGGAGUAGACAUGGGGAUUCUCUUAGUGAUGGUAAAAUGCUCAAGCGUUCAAAGGAUGCUAAUGUUAAUAUAAAUUCCAUGAAUUUAUCCAAAACUUCCGGUGGAAACGCUGGGCCUGAUGAGAUCACUACUUUUCCUGAACCCAAUGAAAGUAAUGGUGAGCUACCAAGUUCACAAAGAGAUAAUUUUGAGAGAUCACCUCAUGGUAAGAAAAAGCUCCAGAGAGAGCUUUCAGAUCUCGAAUUGGGUGAACUUCGUGAGUCUUCUCUGGACAAUGACAAUGGGAGGACAAGGAAGCAAUUUGAGAGAAAUAGUUCUUCCAAGUCACUUGAUGGUAAAUUAACUGACAUAAAUAACUCCUACCCCAGUAUGAAUAGCAGGAAGGUUCAUUUAACUGGGUUUCAUGAUAAGGGGAAACCAUCACCUCAAGAAUAUGGUAUUGGAGGUCAUAUAAACCAGGAAGCCUUUCCCAGAAAGGCAACAGGAUAUGAUUUUGAUGAUAAUAGGCCUCAGCAAAGAGGUAAUGUUCCAGAGAAUCAGCAUUUUCCAAGGACUGACAAUUCAGAUUCUGAGAACAUAUCAUAUAGGCCAGGUGAUAAAACAAGCAAAAAGGAGUCAAGGAUGGCACAAGGUGGAAUGCUAGAGUAUCCAGAUAUGAAGAAGAAAACAACCUCAAGGCUUCCACAGAAUGGUAGUAAUAAUGCCAUAGUGCCUCGAACACAGAAAUCACUUUCCCCAUCAGAUAAUGAGGAAAGAAGUAGGAACAACUCUCUGAUUGAGUCCGAGACUGGUAGGAAGAGAGACAGUUCUUCUGAUGACGAUAACUUAUUUUUCUCCAAGUAUGAUAAAGAUGAGCCAGAACUGAAAGCUCCAAUAAAAGAUUUCUCACAAUACAAAGAUUAUGUGCAGGAGUACAAUGAGAAGUAUGAAGCCUAUUCUUACUUGAACAGUCAGAUUGAGAAAACUAAGUCUGAAUUCUUAAAGGUACAAGAGGAUCUCAAUGUUGCUAAAGAAAGAGACAAGGAACAAUAUUAUAACACUGUAGAAAGGCUCAGAGACAUGUACCGUGAAUCAGGAGCAAGGCAUAAAUUGAUGAAGAAGGUCUUUGUAUUGCUUCAUGAGGAGCUGCGGCCGGAGAUGGACGCGGCGGAGAAGCUGCGGUGGCCCUUCUCGGACGGCAGCGUCACCGAUCUCCUCGACGCCCGCAGCCUCCACGGCUCCCCCGACAUUAGGAAACGAGUACAAUUCCAUUCUUCUCUAGUGCAAAAGCUAGCUUUGGAAAAGGAGAUGGAGGGUCACAUAGGUUGUGUGAAUGCUAUCGCAUGGAAUUCGAAUGGUUCGCUUCUCAUAUCAGGAUCAGAUGACACUAGAAUUAACAUCUGGAGUUAUAAUAAUCGAGAGCUUUUGCAUGAUAUUGACACCGGACAUUCUGCAAAUAUCUUUUGCACAAAAUUCGUUCCAGAAACAUGUGAUGAAGUAGUAGUCUCUGGAGCAGGAGAUGCAGAGGUUCGUGUUUUCAAUAUGUCUCGUUUAAGUGGCAGAAGGCCUAGAGAAAUUUCUAUGGAACCAGCAGCAGUUUACCAGUGUCACUCAAGAAGGGUCAAGAAACUAGCUGUUGAAAUUGGCAAUCCUAAUGUAGUGUGGAGUGCAAGCGAGGAUGGUACUCUGAGACAGCAUGAUUUUCGGGAGUGUAGUUCCUGUCCUCGUGCAGGAUCUGCUAAUCAGGAAUGCCGCAAUGUGCUUCUUGAUCUACGUUGCGGAGCAAGGAAGUCUUUAGUUGAUCUACCCAAACAUCCAUUGGCACUGAAGUCUUGUGAUAUUAGCUCUGUUCGUCCCCAUGAAAUCCUUAUUGGUGGGAGCGAUGCAUUUGCCAGGCUGUAUGAUAGGAGAAUGCUACCGCCACUGAGCUCAUGUCAAACCAAAAGGAAGCCACCGCCAUGCAUUAAAAUGUUCUGUCCGUUGCAUCUUGCUGACAAUAAGAAGACACAUUUGCACCUUACACAUGUUGCAUUCAGCCCAAAUGGGAAGGAGGUUCUUCUAAGUUACAGUGGUGAACAUGUUUAUCUGUUUGAUGCUGACCCAGAUAGUACGAGUUCAGUGAGAUACACAGCAGAUUAUGUACGAGAGCAAUUAUUUUUACCCCCUUUUCACAAAGUAGCAGCAAAAAAACUUGCAAAACAAAGGAAGGAUUCAGUGAACGCAACUUCAAGGAAAUUACUUAGGGUAGAUAUGUGCAGGAAAUUUAUGCAAGUUGCGACUAGAUCUCUGGUGACGGGCAAGAACUUAAUGUGUGGGAUUGACGCAUGCGGCGAAGUACUUGAAUCAGUGGGACCUGAUAUUGAUGAUGACAUGAGGCAUGAUUGCUUGUGCACUCGAGCAGGAUUAUACCUUAAGAGGAAGUGGAAAAAUGACGUUUACAUGGCAAUUCGGGACUGCAACAGCGCGCGGAAUAUUUAUCCCACAUCCUAUCAAGCACACUUAUAUAUGUCAGAGGCACUAUUACAGUUAGGAAGACUGAAGGAGGCCUCUGAGUAUGCAGAAGCGGUAAAUAGUCUUCUUCCGCCUCAUUCUGAAUUGAGGAAGCAGGUGGAUGAUAUAAAGCAGCGUGUUGCUUCAGCUGAACUUGAGAAGAACAGAACGGAUCAGAAUGGGAAUGCUAAAGCUGAUACACAUGGGAAAUUACGCUCAUUGAGUGAUAUAUUGUUUAGAUCCGAUGUUAGUGGUUCUUCAUCACAGGAGGGACGAGAAGAUUCAGAUUAUGACGAUGAAAUGGAAUUAGACUAUGAGACAUCAGUAUCCGGUGAUGAAAGCCGAGAGAAUGAUCAAGGUGUCUUUCGUGGUAGUUUAAGUUUCAGAUUUCAUCAAAGAGAGGAUCAAACUAAUGAGCAGGCUGGUGAGAAUGGAUCGACCGAAUCCACUCACAAUGAUGAUUCUGCCCUCCAGUCGGACGUUGCCAUUGAUAUGAAACAAAGAUAUGUUGCACACUGCAAUGUGGGGACAGAUAUAAAACAAGCUAGCUUUCUUGGUGAGCAAGGGGAGUUCAUUGCCAGCGGAAGUGAUGAUGGUAGAUGGUUCAUAUGGGAGAAGAGAACAGGAAGGCUUAUUAAAAUGCUUGCAGGGGAUGGAGCUGUUGUGAACUGCAUACAGUCUCAUCCCUUUGACUGCGCGGUUGCAACAAGUGGAAUCGAUAAUACGAUAAAGCUAUGGACACCCGAUGCAAAUGCUACAUCUAUGGUCGCAGGACCAGAACUUGAUGUGUUGAGUGCCAUAGAGAAUAAUCAGCGGAAGUUAUGUCGGAACCGUCAAAUUUUGCUGCCUUUCGAAUUUUUGGAACGAUUUCGGAUGCAUGAGUUUGCUGAGGGUUUCGAGUGUGCCCAGAGUUGAUUUACUAUUGCUAGAGUUGCUGAGGAAAAGGUUUAAUAGUUUGAAGAAUGAUUACGUCCAAGGUACAAGCAGCUCAUGUUACGACAUGACCGGAAAAGUAUAGACGUGGAUUGAUCAUGUUGAUGCACCUGGUUAGAUAAGCAGGUGUGCCAUCAGUGCUGGAAUUAUUACUUGAGAUGUCAAUAAACAAUGCAAUUAUGUUGUGGUUUGGGAGGGUAUAAUGUUUCGUACAUGCAGUGUGGUUGGAUUACUGGAUUCAUUAUCCCCUUGUACAGAUUGUAGAUAGAUGUGGUUCUGCAAUAGUGAAAAUCAGUGAUGUACCAUCUACGUGUGCAUAGAGCCAUAUUGUUUUCUCCGCAUGCCGCCUCUAUGUGAUGCUAGUUUGGUUGACGAUUGGGAUGUGUCUCGUUCGCUUGAGAGUUGAGACUAGCUGGGAGUGGCGAAGAGGAUAAUGUUGUAUAGUGCUGCAACUCUCGCUUUGGUAUAUAUGUUUGAUUAUUUUUC